UCUAUUUCCUUUUUUUUAUUUAAAAAAUAGGAGGAAUAUGGUAUAUAUAGCUCACAAGUCAGAACAAGAACAGCUCAGUUAGCCGUCCACUCGUUUUUUUUAUAUUACUUCUUCGUUUCCCCAUUUUCUUUCCUCUUUCUCUCUCUGUUUCUCUUCUUUCUUUCCCUCUCUUCGUCCUCGAAAUCUCCAGGCCGGCAAACCUCCCACACAGAGAGAGAAUCUCUGAAAGUCUACAGUUGUGGGAUUUCCCACUUCCCCUCUCACAAGUUAGCCCAUUUUUUGUUAGUAUUGUUCAUUCAUUUCUCCGACGGCCUUCUCAUCGGCCGGCGGGGACUCUUUUUUCCUUUCUUUCCGAUUUUUCUUUUUUCUUCGUGAGGUGAAUAAAUACCAAGUACCAAUUGUCUUUCUCUAUUUGUUUGCCGGUUACUACAUUCACAGUCUCCGCCGAGAUCCGCCAAUUUUCAGUCGUUCCGUCUGCCGGUGAGACUUCAUCGGGGUUACUCUUUGAAUUGCUCUCCCGGAAAAAUCGGAGAUUCAGUUUCUUUCUCUCCGGUGAGGAAGACGCGUUGAUUUUGCGACGACGCCGUAGUAGAGUGGAGAAUAGGGGAGUUACGCCUGAACCUACGCGUGGCGGUCGGGGCUGGGAUUCGUGUAAUGCUGCUGCUGCUGGGUAGGAGAAGGAGAGUCAAACCUUUCCAAAACAGGGGAAAUUAAAUUCCCCCUUUUUUCCCCCCUAAUCUUUAUCUCCUCUGCUGCUCUGAUUUCUCUGUCCGAGAUCGAUUGGGUUCGGGGAAAGUUAGUUCCUUCCUAGAGAUCUGAAGUCGCAGAAUUUUUUUGGUUGGGUUUGUGGUGUUUGUUUUUCUAUUCGAAUACCGGAGGCAGAGGAGGGCAACAGAGGAAGAGAUGAUGAGAAUGAAGAAUAAGCCACCGACGGCGGCUGGUGGUUCGCCUGAUUCGACGGGAGCAGAGUGGGAGCUGAGACCCUGCGGAAUGCUGGUUCAGAAGCGAAACCCGGAUUCCGAUCACAGGGCCAUUCCUCCACCGACAAUUCGGGUGCGGGUCAAGUACGGGUCAACCUACCACGAAAUCAGCAUCAGUUCUCAAGCCUCAUUCGGGGAGCUGAAGAAGAUGUUGACUGGACCAACUGGGCUACACCAUCAAGACCAGAAACUGAUUUACAAAGACAAAGAAAGGGAUUCCAAGGCGUUUCUGGAUAUAACCGGGGUGAAAGACAAGUCCAAAAUGGUGCUGCUUGAAGACCCAAUCAGCCAGGAGAAGCGUUACCUUGAGAUGAGAAAGAAUGCCACCAUGGAGAAAGCUUCCAAAUCCAUCUCCGCGAUCAGCUUGGAAGUCGACCGCCUCGCGGGCAGGGUAUGCAUACUUUUCCCCUUUGAUCUCCUUGUCUCGGCUCUUGAAUCGGUUAUUGGUAAAGGUGGGAAGGUAGCAGAGAAGGAUGUUUUGAGCUUGAUCGAGUUGUUGAUGAACGAGCUGCUGAAAUUGGAUGGGAUAAUGGGCGAUGGAGAUGUCAAACUACAGAGGAAAUUGCAGGUGAAGAGAGUUCAGAAGUAUGUUGAGACGUUAGACGUGUUGAAGGUCAAGAACUCCGCCUUGACCAACGGCAAUGGAACCCAUACCAACAAAUCGAACCACAAUCAACACAAACAAAGCAAUGGACAUAGGUUAGCUCCGAUCGAGGAACAUUCACCAAAGCACUCCAAUGGCGAACAGCACCAACAACAACAGCAGCAACAUAGUCACUCAGUUGGCCAUUCCGCAGCAUACCAACAAGAACAGCAGCAGCAGCAGUCAUCAAGGCAUUCAACUUCCGGGCCGGUGGUAGUUACCACACAAUGGGAAACAUUUGAUGCAACACCAGGAACAUCGUCCGCCGCGAUUCCUCCUCCAGCGUCCAACAAUAAUUCAGCCCAUAAUCAACCGAAGUUCCCAUGGGAUUUCUUCGGUUGAGAUAUGAUGAAAUGAACAACAACAAAAAACAGCAAGCAAGCUCUAUCCCCGCAGUAGUACUUUGUUCUAUUUUUCACCCCCUCUUGUGCCUUGUUCCUUGUGUGUGGAUGUGCUUUCUCUUGGGUUUGUGACACUGUUUUUUUUUUUUUUUCUUCUUCUCUUUCUCCAUUUUCAUCAUUUUUUGAGCUUGGGUUUCCAUAAUUCUUUCAUGUACUUAGAUUUAUUAGCCCACCCCUCCCCUUUUACUUCUUUUAGUUCCACCAGGAAUAAAAAUGGGGGGCUCUCUACUACUAAAAAUGAUAGCAGCAGCAGCAGCAGCCAGUCAAGUUUCUCUGUUCCAUCAUCUUGUUCUGUUCUAUAAUGUUGUAUGUACAUUGGCAGAUUCAUUUCUUGCUGUGGCAAAAUUCAUCGAACUUUUUUGGGUUUCUCUAUGGCGACUUACAGAUGCAACUUUCAUGUCUGCAACAAUAUCUAUAUGCAUAUAUACUUUGCUUCCUGGAUUGGCUACAGGCUGACAAAAAGUGGGUUGUGAGAAACAAUCAU